GAUAUGUUUUUUUUUUCUCUCCCAUUGAUCCCGAAAGCAAACGGUUAAUGUAAAGAUGCAGGCACUAAGUGGGAGUGCCUUGCCAUUUACUUCAGCUGUCACUUGAUGUUUGGUGUUGAGGGCGUCGCGGUGAAUUUCGUUGGGAGUGGGCUGGCUGCUCUACCUAGUGGACGCUCUCUUUACACACUGCACACACACACACACAGCCGUGAGAGUCGAGCUCCAGCGAGGGAUGCGAGAGCAGUCGGUGUGUGGCAGACAGACAUCAUUAUUAUUGGACAAACCUUCCGGCCAACCUGUUCAAACCAUCGGACGAGUUGAACGCUGCUCUUUUUUUUGUUUGUUUGUUGUUGACCUAAUUACAAUACUUGAUCACUCUUUUGUUGCUGUUAUUGUUGUUGUUGUUGCUGACACAACGAAAAACGGGUUUGCACCAUACAACAACAACAACAAAAAAGGCUUCCAGUAAUGGAGUGUAAUCCUAGUCUGCUACCUGCGACACGGGACUCCAGCUCUUCUCCAUCGAGCUCCAAACAGGACCUCCCAACAUUCAACCCCAACCUGAAACCCAACCAGGUCAGCGAGACAGCCCUGUAUGGAAUCCCCAUAGUCUGCCUGGUGCUGGACGGCCAGGAGAGACUGUGUCUGGCCCAGAUCUCUAACACCCUGCUGAAGAAUUACAGCUAUAACGAAAUCCACAACCGGCGUGUGGCACUGGGCAUCACCUGCGUGCAAUGCACCCCGGUCCAGCUGGAGAUCCUGAGGCGUGCGGGCGCCAUGCCCAUCUCCUCGAGGCGCUGUGGGAUGAUAACAAAGCGUGAGGCCGAGAGGCUUUGUAAAUCGUUUCUUGGAGCUCAUAACCCUCCAAAAUUACCGGAAAAUUUCGCGUUUGAUGUUUCCCACGAGUGCGCGUGGGGGAGCCGUGGUAACUUUAUACCGGCUAGGUACAACAGCUCCCGAGCCAAGUGCAUCAAGUGCUCCUUCUGCAAUAUGUAUUUUUCUCCCAAUAAAUUCAUAUUUCAUUCUCACCGAACACCAGAGUCAAAGUAUACACAGCCAGACGCGGCUAACUUUAACUCCUGGAGGAGACACCUCAAACUGACUGACAAAGGCUCACCUGACGACGUGGCGCAUGCGUGGGAGGACGUGAAGGCCAUGUUCAACGGGGGCAGCCGGAAGAGAACACUGCCGGUUCACGGUCACGGGUCUGAACGUUCCUUUCCAUUGAAAUCACAUCAAGGAUCUAGCAACUUCCCCCGAAGAGAAUCACCGGAGAUCCCUCCUAAAAUCCUCCGCUGCGACGAUAACCGGGGAGGCAUGGGGAGUAUGAGUACCACGCGCAGCUAUCCGGUUAUCCCCGUGCCCAGUAAGAGUUUCGGUAUGCUGCAAAAUGUGAAAAUUCCUCCGCCGCUUUACCCACAUCCCUACGGGUUCCCGGCAUUCGGGUUGUUACAGAAAAAAGAUGAUGGUGUUGUGAUGGGAGGAGAGCAGAAUAAAGCUCACCUCUCUGGCGUCUUCUCCUGGCCAAGCACCAAGGACAGCGCCUACCACUCUUUCCCCAUGUUCUGGCCUACUGCAGGUCCCCUGACCAUGCCCCCCUACCCCCAGGCCCAGGCCCAGGCCCAGCACAAACCGCACUCGGAGCUCCUGUGCGCCAGACAGGGUGAUCUGGACGCAUCCGAGCAGAGUGACAGAAGUAGCAACACUCCGAGGGACAGUCUGAUGGACAGUGAUCAGUGCUCUAGCACACAGUCCACCCGGAAUGAGGACGAUAAGUUUGGCGAUGAGACGAGGCCAAUGGACUGUAUAAGACCAGUUCUACCAAGGAAGAUCAACUACGUCUCUGCAUUCAGACCCGUCAUCAAAGACGCGGAGAGUAUAGCCAAACUUUACGGUAACCGGGGGUCGUACAACGGGUCUCGAGCUGGCUACCUGUCACCAGAUUUCCUGAGCGAGAGCUCGAGUUACAGGUCCGUGUCCCCCGGAAGUGUGGACAGUGUGGGAGAGACGGAUGUGGACGUUGAAACCAAUAAAUCACAAGAGGACGAGGAGUCACUUCCGCACAACAUUGAGGUUAGCAAGACCCCUCUUGUUCCUGUUUUAUUAAACUUGGCACAGGGCGCUUCACUAAAUUUCCCAGAAUCCAAAUCGGAGCCAGAGCAGGCGGUUGUGGUCGACUCACAGAGAAUGAAUCUACCUCUACACGUGGUACUGUCUUCAGACAGAGAGAGACAGGGCAAGCAACUGCCGGAGGACAAGAACACGUCUUUUGUUGAAAUAUAUUCACCGGACAGGAGUGACAUGCAACAAAGGAAAAGUCCAUAUGCUUUUGGUUCAGCAACGAAUUACCAUAAAGGCACUGUGGAAUCGAAAGACGACAGUGUCAGUAGAGAGGAGCCGUCCUCGACAAUGGAGGAGAUUGAAACGAAGUCGUAUAACGGCCAGAGCGGCGAGGAGAGCCCGAGAGAAGCUCUGAUUGAGGGCGAGGCAACGCACAAUGUUAACAGAUUAUUACAAACUCAGAAAGACAUAGAAAGACUGGCAAAAGAGGAAUUGCAGAGACAGCUCGUUGAGCAAGUGGCGCUAAGGAAGAAAUUGGAACGAGAAUUCCAACAUUUAAAAAAUAAUUUCCAUCAUCAGAUGAAAAGGGAGCUGUCCUACAGGGAAGAGAUGGUUCAGCAGCUUCAUAUUGUCAGAGAAGCUCACAACGCUCUACAACAUUUCUCCUGUAAGAUGCUGACUCCUCGACACUGCACUGGAACCUGCUCCUUCAAACCUCCUCUUCUACCACCUUAGUCCUUUCCCACAGCCCGCCGUGGAGCCCCGUCAGUCUGGAAAGCAAGGCUACUUCUACCCACAAGACUACUACCACCCACAAGACUACUACCACCUCCAGGACUACUACCACCCUGAAGACUACUACCACCCCCAGGACUACUACCACCCCCAGGAUUACUAUCACCCCCA